AAACUUACUCCCUAAGUUUCAACUGUUCCACCAUUUAUAUAUCUCUUUCUCUCUCUCACUCUAAAGACACAAGCUGGGGAGUUCUUCCACGGAGAUCAUCAUCUUCACUUCAAUUCAGUUUACUCAUCGUGUGAUUUCAUCCAAAGUUAGCAACAUGAGCUUCUUGAGGCCUUCUGCGUUGUACAACUUUCUGAUCAGUUAUCCUGCGCUGCGAUGGCUGCCAUGUCAGAGUUGGGGCUUCCUUCGAUGGCCCGGCCUUGAUGGGUUCUUCAGGCUUUUCGUGGUUGUGCUUCUGUGGUCUACACUAUCCGAGCUUCGCUUCAUACCCUCAUCUUCUAUGUACCCCACCCUUCGUGUUGGCGACCGAAUUAUUGUCGAAAAGGCUUCAUAUUACAUCAGGAGUCCAGCUAUACAUGAUAUUGUAACAUUUAAGGAUCCAACACAGUCCUCUGGGGAAAACACAGAUGCUGUUUUUAUCAAGAGAAUUGUUGCAAAAGCAGGAGACACUGUUGAGGUUAAUCAUGGGGCACUCUACAUCAAUGGUGUUGCUCAGCAGGAAGAUUUCAUAGCCGAGCCACCAGCAUACGCAAUGCAAUUAACUCAUGUGCCCAAUGGUCAUGUUUAUGUGUUGGGGGAUAAUCGUAACAAUAGUUAUGACUCCCAUGUGUGGGGACCGCUUCCUGUGAAGAACAUAGUUGGAAGAUAUGUCACGUGCUAUCAUAGACCAAGAAACAUUUGACAGAGAUAUCAUUGAGAUGUAUUGAAGGAACUGGUGUUCUUUUACUAUGGUCUGACCAGUGGGACGGCAUACUAGGCCAUGUCAUGUGAUUUCCAUGAAGAGUUCCCUCCAGCUGUUCCAUAAAUGAUGCACAUCAUUUAGCCAUUCUUUAUGGGAUUGGAUUCUCAUAUGCAUGUAGUGAGGUUUCCCUCGUUCAGAGCAUGAAAUGAAUCUACUGAAAAAAUGUCAUGUGAUUUCUGAAGGGUUCACUGUUAGUUGAGUAACGAUGCAUGCCCUUUGCCAAUAAAUAUUCGUGUAGGUAUCCAAGUUUCUUUAGCAGUAUUGAAAUAACAUUGCUUUCAUUGAGAGUUGAACUCAAGACCUCCCGCUUACUAAACGGGUGCUCUGAAAGCUUUGCUUCUUUGUUAAAUUUUGUGUUCUUUUUUGUUGCA